GCGCUCAGCUCCGGGUGCCGGCAGCCCCGGCCGGCGGGGCUGGCGCGGGGAGUGGGCAGUCGGGGCCAGGACGCGGCCUGAGGGUGCACUUGCUGGCGGGAGGCGGAAGGGAGCGGAGCUUCAGCACCUACAGGCCGCGAGUGGGGAGGCGAGCCGGGGCGCGCCCACUCGCCGAAUCAGGAAUCGACCGGCACCCUCUCCCGAAAAUCUGCCCUUCCUGGUGCCAAGCCCCGCGUGGCGCGGAGGGGCGCGGGGAAGAGGAUGCCUGAGGGCCCGGAGCUACACUUGGCCAGCCACUUUGUGAACCAGGCCUGCAAGGGGCUGGUGUUCAGCGGGCGUGUGGAGAAGUCCCCCGUGAGCCGCAACCCCGAGGUGCCCUUUGAGAGCAGUGCCUACCACAUCUCAGCCUCAGCCCGAGGCAAAGAGCUGCGCCUCACACUGAACCCCCUGCCCGGCGCACAGCCCCCUCGGGAGUCGCUGGCUGUGGUCUUCCGCUUUGGCAUGUCUGGCUCCUUCCAGCUGGCACCCAGUGACGCGCUGCCCCCCCAUGCCCACCUGCGCUUCUACACAGCCCAGCCUGGCCCCCAGCAGGCCCUGUGCUUCGUGGACAUCCGCCGCUUCGGCCGCUGGGAGGUUGGGGGCGAGUGGCAGCCAGGCCGAGGGCCGUGCGUUUUGCUGGAGUAUCAGCAGUUCAGGGAGAACGUGUUGCGAAACCUGGCAGACAAGGCCUUUGACCGGCCCAUCUGUGAGGCCCUCUUGGACCAGAGGUUCUUCAAUGGUAUUGGCAACUACCUGCGGGCAGAGAUCCUGUUCCGCCUGAGGAUACCCCCGUUUGAGAAGGCUCGCACGGUGCUGGAGGCGCUGCAGCGGCACAGGCUGAACCCGGAGCUGACCCUCAGUCAGAAGAUCAGGGUCAAGCUGCAGAAUCCGGACCUGCUGGAGCUGUGCCACUUGGUCCCCAAGGAAGUGGUCCAGCUGGGGGGCAAGUCUCAUAAGAAGAAAUCCAAGGGAGCGCAGCAGGGUCCUGAGGACUCUAGUGAGGUAUAUGCCCUACUCGCCCCCUCCUGCACUCUCUCCUGCACUGGCCGAACCAACCAGAUCAGACUUUGGGGCAGCCACCUUGACAAAGGUGACAAUGGUGGGUCCAAGCCAACCUUGGACCUGCCAAGUGCCUCAGGGACCAAUGUCUCCUCCAUGCAGGCGCCAAGCAAGGGGCCUUCCAGGACACGUAGGGUACGGAAAGCCCUUCCACCAGGGCAAACUGCAGCCCAGCAGUCCAAGGAGACCAGCCUCCAACAGGACCCAGAAACCAUGCUAAGCCCCAAGAAAAGGAAAAAGAGGCGGGCCCGAGCAGCAACUUCUGGAGGCUCACCCUCCUCACUCUCCUCUGGAGCCCUGCAGGAGAGGAAGGGUGGCAGGGCAGGUCACCGCAGGCUCCGCAAGACCAAGGCUGACUCACCAUCUUUGGAGCUCGGGGAGACCUCAGCCUCUUAGCAAGGGCUCUCCUAGCUAGCAGCCACCCCUCCCACUGCCUUGCUGUGGGGGUGGGGGGCCACGUGGCUUCCUCACCGCAGCAUCUGUGGAAGGAUGACCCUAGUGCUGUGGUUGCUCCCUGCAUAAUAAUGAUGUUUUUAAUUGUUCCCUGCUUUUCCCAUUUUUAAAGCCCACUGGGAAGAUGGUGUUUUAUUGUGUUUUUUAAAUAAACUGA